GCCCACUAGUGCAAGGAAAUUUCCAGAUGGCUACCAUUUUCCUGGACCUGGUGAUUUGAGGAUGUGCAUCCACUUACACUCAUUAUUAAUAUAUCAGACACAGGAGUAAGGUCAUAGAGGAAACAAAAAAGAAAGAGAGAGAGAGAGAGAGAGAGAGAGAGAGAGAGGAAAACCUCAGAAGAUGAGCGCGGGAGUUUACAAAUUCUGGAAUUGUACACUAUAUCUGUUUCUCAUCUGCCAUGCUCAAAUCAUCCCAACUUCUACUGCUACGGUAAAGGGAAACGAAACCGAUCACCUAGCAUUGUUGGCCUUCAAAGCAACAAUUAUCCAUGAUCCUCAAGGAGCUUUUAGCUCAUGGAAUAUGUCUCUUAACUUCUGCAGCUGGGCAGGCAUAACAUGCAGCAAACAGCACAAAAGAGUCACUAGCAUAAACCUUGCAUCAAAAGGUUUUGUGGGUUCUUUGCCGAGUGAUAUAGGAAACAUGAGUUUCCUGACUGAAAUUGUUCUCACCAACAACAGUCUUCAAGGCACGAUCCCUCAAGAAGUAGACCAUCUUUUCAGGCUUAAAGUUCUAAGCUUAGGACGAAAUGCUUUGGAAGGAAAUAUACCAGAUACCUUGGGACAAGUUAAUAGGUUAGUCAUUCUCGAACUUUUUUCCAAUAACCUAUCUGGUAUGAUCCCCAAUUCUGUUUUCAAUCUCUCAUCACUGAAUGUCUUCAAUUUGGCCAAUAAUCAACUUCAAGGAAGUAUACCAUCAGACUUUGGUCUGACCCAUCACAAUAUACAGAAGAUUCAGCUAUCUGAUAACAGAUUAAGUGGAAACAUCCCUGUAUCACUUUCUAAUGCUUCAAAACUUCAAGUUAUUCACUUGCAGUUCAACAAUUUUAGUGGCCCCAUAUCAGUAGAUUUUGGAAGGUUACUGUAUCUUCAAAAUUUAAGUCUGGAAUAUAAUAAUUUCGGACUUGGGGAACAGGGUGACUUGAAAUUUAUUGACUCGUUAGUAAAUUGCAGGAGCUUAAAGAUAUUGAAACUAGGGGCCAAUAACUUACAAGGAUCAUUGCCCCGUUCUAUUGCAAAUCUAUCAAUUAAGCUAACGAUGAUAAGCUUAGCAGAUAACUGGAUAUCUGGAAGCAUCCCUCCUGACAUAUCCAAAUUUAUCAAUUUGAUCUUUUUAUCUUUAGAGCAUAACAAUUUCACGGGCAUUAUUCCCCCUGAAAUCACCCAACUUGGAAAGUUGCAACGCGUUCUUCUUUCUAACAACAGACUUACAGGGAACAUUCCGGCCUCCAUAGGAAACCUAUCUAUGUUGGAUGAAGUUCAUUUAGAAAAUAAUGAAUUGAACGGAACCAUUCCUCCUAGUUUUGGAAAUUGUCCAAUGUUGGUCCUCUUGGAUUUGUCUCAAAAUAACCUCAGUGGGACUAUACCCAACGAAUUUUUUCAUGUUUCUCCUUUUUCUAUCAAAUUAAAUCUUUCUCAAAACCAUUUGGUUGGAUCACUACCGGCAGGUAUUGGUGGUUUGGACACCAUAGUUGAAUUGGAUAUCUCUGAAAAUGAAUUUUCUGGUUUCUUUCCCACAGAGCUUGGUAGAUGCAUUACCCUUGAUACACUAUACAUGCAAGGCAACUUCUUUCGGGGUCACAUCUCCCACUCAAUGCGAAAUUUAAGAGGUAUGCAAAAUCUUGAUCUUUCUCGUAAUAACUUAUCCGGGGAAAUCCCAGAUUUUUUUGAGCUGCCCUUGAAAUAUCUAAAUCUAAGUUGGAAUCAUCUUGAGGGAGAAGUGCAUACAAAAGGAGUAUUCGCAAAUGCAAGUGAAUUUUCGAUAGUAGGUAACAAAGAGCUCUGUGGAGGCAUACCUGAACUGCGGCUACCAAGAUGCAGUAGUGACAGUGAUAGAUCACAUAAACACAAAAGGUCCUGGGUACAAGAUUUAUUCAUGAUAGGUUUUAUACUAGUUCUUCUCAUUGUCGGUUACCAUUUGUUGCCUAGAGGGAAAAAAACUGAACCACCUGCUGUAUCUAUUAGACCUAUAUCAGUAUUACCCAUCAGAUUGUCAUAUAAGAUUCUCCACCAAGCAACUGACGGGUUCUCACGAGCCAACUUGGUCAGCGAGGGUGGUUUUGGGUCAGUGUACAAAGGAGAACUUGGUCCAGAGUACAAUGGAAAAGCUGUUGCAAUUAAAGUAUUCAAUCAAGAAGCAACCAACAGUUUCAGCACAGAGUGUGAAGCCCAACAACAUAUUCGCCACAGAAACAUUGUUAAGAUCAGAAGUACAAGUUCAAGCACUGCAAAGAAAGGCAAAAUAUUUAGAGCUAUUGUUUACGACUUCAUGGAGAAUGGGAGCUUAGAUAGGUGGCAGCAUUUAACAUGUAGAACAUCUCCUGAUGAGCUUAGCAUGCCUCAGAUUCUUAACCUAAAGAACAGAAUUAACAUAGCGAUUGAUGUGGCUAGUGCACUUGAUUACCUUCAUAAUCAAUUAGAUUAUCCCCUAAUACAUUGUAACCUAAGUCCAAGCAAUAUUUUCCUAGACACAGAAAUGAGCGCAUAUGUAUCAAACUUUGGACUCGCAAAGUUUCUCAUAGAUCGAAGAAUUUUUAAUGGAUUCGCAGGACCCUCCGAAUAUGCACCUCCAGAGUACUACCAGGGAAGCAUGGUGUCCACUAAGGGGGAUGUCUACAGCUACGGAAUAAUAUUACUGGAGAUGCUGACCGGGAAGAAGAUUACUGGCCCUAGUUUUCAUGGAUCGUUUAAGCUUCAGAACUUUGUUUCCAGUGUCUUGUCUAGCGGGGUAAAUGAUGUUAUUGACCCAUUCAAUCUACAAGAACUUAGUACAUAUGAUGCGGCAAAGGCAAAUGAUUGUCUAGUUAUGCUUUUAGGCAUUGGUGUGCGAUGUGCCCAGGAGUCACCAAAGUUCAGGCCGGAUAUUAAAGAUACCUUAAGAGUUCUGGAAACAAUUAGGAGCUUUUUCGAGGCCAAUACAGGUUGUACUCAGACGUAUGCUAUAGGAAGUUUGCAAGCUGCAGUCUCGAUGGCUCUAAGAAACAGGAGAUCUCUACUUUGGAACAGGUUAGAAGUUUCAGAAAUGCCCUCUCCAAAUCUAGGGGAAACAAAUUCAGGUAGAACCGACUGGAAUGUAGCCACAGCAAGGCAGUUGUUGGAUCCUUUUCCUCAGAUGGCUCCAAAUUUAGCCACAGUGUCAUACAUGGAUCUCCAUAAAGCAACAAAUGGGUUUUCCUCAGCCAACUUAGUCGGUGCAGGUGGUUUUGGCUCUGUUUACAAAGGAACAUUUAAUCAAGGAUAUGUUCAUCUUCUCUUAAGGGAUAGUGAGAUAGUAGAUGAGAUUGGAAUAGCUGUUGCAAUCAAAGUAUUUAACCUUCAACGUAGAGGUGCAGUGAGAAGUUUCAACACUGAGUGUCAAAUUUUAAACAACAUUGACCACAAAUAUCUUGUAAAGCUUAUAGCCACAUGCACAAGUGUGGAUCAAGACGGUCACGAUUUUCGAGCUAUUCUUUUUGAGUUCAUGGAUCAUGGGAGUUUAGAGAUGUGGCUGCACCCAAAAUAUAAAACUAACAUUGAUAGUCCCGUAAAACCUCGAAUACUAACCCUUUUUGCCAGAAUAAGCAUAGCUACUGACGUAGCCCUUGCACUUGAUUAUCUUCAUUAUCAAUGCAAGAAUGGCAUAAUUCACUGUGAUCUAAAGCCAGGCAACAUUUUGAUAGACAAAAAUAUGUCUGCACAUAUUGCAGAUUUUGGAUUGGCAAUAACUCUUCCUAAAUACCAAAAUAUGAACCAUUGCAGCAGUUCAACUGGUAUACGAGGAACGACCGGAUAUAUAGCUCCAGAGUAUGGUCUAGGAUGCAAGAUGACAACCAAGGGAGACACAUACAGCUUUGGGAUUCUAUUACUGGAGAUGCUGACAGGGAAGAAGCCUACUCAUCGUAUGUUUCGGGGAGGUCUUACCCUUCACAACUUUGUUUCGCUGGCAUUGCCUGACAAUGUAUUUAACAUUACUGACACACUCAUGAAGGUAAUGACAUCUUCAAAUACAGGGGAUAGCAAAAGAGUAGAGGAUUGCCUGACUAGAAUGUUCAACAUUGGUUUAGCAUGCUCCAACAUAUCACCAAAGAAUCGACCAGACAUGCGUACCGUAUUAAGGGAGCUGGAAUCUAUUAGGAACAGCUUUUAAGUUAAAUAUAUUUGUGCCACCUCGCAUUUAAAAGAAUAAUACAGAGAUACAACCUUUAGUCCCUCGUUGUUGAUUACUCAGUAUGAUCUCAUUAGUAAACUAAUCGUCUUUUUUCGGACCUGGAAUCGUGUUUCUAAUAUAUUUUAUUGCUAAUGUAUAUGUUCGUCCUACAGAUAAUAAGAGUUUGUGUAACCAACAGCGUAAAAUAAUUCAUCAGCAAGCAACUCCUGGUCGAAAUUUGAUACUAUUACUAGACAGUUAAGUACAAUUAGAU